GUCAAGAUGAUAGAGGUGCUGACAACAACUGACUCUCAGAAACUGCUAUACCAGCUGAAUGCCCUGUUGGAACAGGAGCUGAGAUGUCAGCCAAAGGUCUGUGGCUUGAUACUAAUUGAAUCUACACAUGAUAAUGGCCUCAGAAUGACUGCAAAGCUAAGGGACUUUGAAGUAAAAGAUCUUAGUUUAACUCAGUUCUUUGGCUUCGACACGGAGACAUUUUCUUUUGCUGUGAAUUUACUGGACAGACUCCUGUCCAAAAUGAAGGUACAGUCCAAACACCUAGGGUGUGUUGGGCUGAGCUGCUUCUAUUUGGCUGUUAAAUCAAUAGAAGAGGAAUGGAAUGUCCAAUUGACAACUGACUUGAUCCAAAUAAACCAAUAUAGAUUCAAGGUUUCAGACUUGAUGAGAAUGGAAAAGAUUGUAUUGGAGAAGGUGUGUUGGAAAGUCAAAGCUACUACUGCCUUUCAAUUUCUGCAACUCUACUAUUCAAUCAUUCAAGAAAACUUACCAAUUAAAAGGAGGAAUAGCCUUAAUUUUGAAAGACUAGAAGCUCAACUUAAGGCAUGCCACUGCAGGAUCAUAUUUUCUAAAGCAAAGCCUUCUGUGUUGGCAUUAUCUAUCAUUGCACUGGAGAUCCAAGCACAGAAGUGUGUAGAGUUAACAGAAGUAAUAGAAUGUCUUCAGACACAUUCCAAGAUAAAUGGCAGAGAUUUGACCUUCUGGCAAGAACUUCUAUCCAAGUGUUUAACUGAAUAUUCAUCAAACAAGUGUUCCAAACUAAAUGUUCAGAAGUUGAAAAGGAUUGUUUCUGGACAUACUGCAUGGCAAUUGAAGCAUGGUUACUACAGAAUAACCCACCUUCCAACAGUUCCUGAAAUGGUUCCUUAAUUGGAUUGUUAUAGCAACAAAAAGCUCUUCUCUGAAGCAUUUCUCCACAAUCCUGAGCUAUGGAUUUCAUAGUGUUAUAAUGGAUUUAAGCUGUGAAGCCUCAGAACAUCACAACUAGAUUAGCAUUAAUGUUCUCAGAUUUGGGAUAACUACCUUAUUAACAAGCUGUAGUGGAAUUCAAUUAAAUUUGAAUUCAUCUGUGAGGCAUACAAAUCAAAGCUAAGAGCAUAAAUGUGAAAUGUUAAUAACAAGCCUGGGAAGGUAAA